AUGCAGCAGAAAGCCAAAAUGCUCAACACAAAGGACUACAAUGCCUUGAGCUUGGCUCAGCCCACUAAUUUCAAGGCCAUGUUGAACUCCGGCGAGCUACUCUGGGGCACUGGAUGCCGAAUCCCCCAUCCAGAAGCGGCGCGAGUUGUUGCUGCCACGCCAUUUCAUUUCUGUUUCUUAGACGCCGAACACGCGCCUCUUAACGCGACUUUACUCGUCAGUCUCAUCCGAACGAUCCAAUACCACUCAAAUGGCUCGAUGGUACCAUGUGUCCGGAUCCCGAGAUGCUCACCGGAACUAUACAAUUAUGCUCUGGGAGCGGGGGCCGGUGGGGUGGUCAUGCCUCACAUCCAGAAUGCUCAGCAGGCAGAGGAAUUGGUGCGCCUGUGUCGGUUUCCGCCACAAGGGGACAGGAGCUUUCCUCCAGCCGCUCUGAUUGGCGAUUUGCAGAAUCUAACGCCAGAAGGCAAAACGACGUAUAACGUGUGGAACGAGCAUUGUGCUGUGAUUUGCCAGAUUGAAGAUCUGGAGGGGCUGGAGAAUAUUGAAGAGAUCUGCAAAGUCCCCGGUGUUGACGGUCUGUUUAUCGGCACCGGCGAUCUACGCAUGUGCCUGCAAUUAGCCCAUGGGUCUCUCGACGGUGACGAACCAGUCUUUCUCUCUGCCCUUCGCAAGAUCAGGGACACAGCCAAAACCAAUAAUCUUCCAAUUAUGGGAUUCGGCAUCUCACCUUCCGGCGUGGAGCUUCGGCUCGAAAUGGGUUGGAAUGCAUUCAUCAUCCACGGGGACAUUGAUGCCAUAUGCACAUCGGCGGUUCAGUCUCUGCAGACAUACACCAAUUCUGUCUGUGAAGCUGGAUCUGUCUGUGAAGCUGGAGCCAAUGGCCAUCAACGCGGGCAAAAUAAUAAUGGUGCUCCGGCUCUU